CCGCCGCUGUGGCGGCUCAUGGCGGCGCCGGGGGAAGGGGAGGAGCGGCGGCGCUUCCCGGUCUUCUCCAUCCCGUCUCCCCGCCGCCGGCCGAGCAGCUGCCGGAGCGUAACCCCCUCCCUCUCCUCAGGGCCGUCCUCCGGUGGCGGCGCGGGGAGCGGUGUGCGGCGGCGGGCCCGGCUGGACCCCCGGAGCAGCAGCAGCAGCCUUCGCCAGGUCCAGUGAUGACAGUUCUCUUCAGAGGCAGCUGGUUUCUACAGAAAACUCAGUCCAGCAUUUAACACCACGUGAAGUCUCAUGAAAAGAAAAAGCAGGUUUCUCGAUGACUAGCAAAGUUCGUUUAUGAGAUUGGAAAUAACUGUGAUAUCAAGCAUCCGUCUGGAUGCAGAGGUCUUUUCACAGAGGAUAUUCAGCAUUGGUAAACGGAUUUGCGGAUUUGCAUGGGGUAAAAAUGGAGGCAGAAAUAAACUUCUGAAAUUGAAUCUCGGUCCAGGAAUGAUGGCUUCUCAGCUGCAUACACAUGCUUUCAAUAUCUCCCCAGUAGAGAAUAGGAGAUUGUGCAUAAAUGGAACACCAUGGAUUUGGCAUCUCCUAGAAGAAUGUGUCGAGAAUGCGUGGGAGUAUUGGAGCGUUGUCAUAGGACUGAUUUCCAUUGUCUGUUUUCUGUUUGCUGCACUACCUCAAAUUUACAUUGCCUGUCAGAACGGAAGAGUGGAUCAAGCACUGUCUUUGGGCUUUCUGCUGUGUUGGAUAGCUGGAGAUCUUACAAAUUUCAUAGGCUGCUAUUUAACAAAUCAACUGCCAAUUCAGAUUGUCACUGCCAUUUUUUAUGUUAACAUGGAUAUAAUUAUGAUUUCGCAAUUUGUCUACUAUAAGCUCAAGAAUCAGAUGACGAAAUGCAGCAAAAGCCUGAAGAAUUUCUGUGUAACCUGGAUCAUCGUGUGUGUAGCCCUGUGUGUUAUUUUACCCUGUCAGCUGUUAUUAAGAAACCAAGACCGGAACACAGUAAUCACAAGGAAUAAUAGCUCUCUUGAUAUGAUUGAAAUGUCAGGCUUCAUUUGCGGCUAUAUAUCCUGUGUGUUUUACUUGGGAAGCAGAUUUCCUCAGCUUUAUAAAAAUUUCCGAAGAAGAUCCACAGAAGGCACCUCUUACCUGCUGUUUGCAUUAGCCAUGAUGGGAAACUGUACGUAUGGACUGAGCCUGGUUUUGAAGAUGCCAGCUACUGAAUCCUUCCGGACCCUCUACUUUUUACACCAUCUUCCAUGGCUUAUUGGGAGCUUUGGAGUUUUGUUUCUAGACAUUUUUGUGACGGUGCAAUUCAUCCUGUACCGUCAGCAGGAGGGAGGACACUCUGGUUUAGUGGUGCUGGAGGUGGAACCGUUGCUGGUGGACCAGGAGGCUGAGUAGUGUCGAGCUGGAUUCUGCUCCUAGCUUCACUGGGUUUUGCUCUUGGAUGACUUUGUCAAAGGGUUGCUUGGGGACCAAAUUCAUUACUUGCUUUUUAUUAUUUAUUUUGUCAUUAAUGUGUUGUUACUUAUUUGCCAAUGACGUGCCAACAAUAAAAUAUUUAAUAUUUACUGUGGUGUUUCAGGAUAGAUAAUAUUUUUUUCCCUGAUUUUUUUUGUUUUUUUCCCCUCCCUGAUUUUAGCUGUUUCUCUCCAAAGUGUGAUAUGGAGUCAUAGCAAUAGCUGCUGUAGAAAUAUUUAUGUGACACAGUGCGUAUCGUGGGAUGACUAUUUAUUUUGAGAUGAGCGUGUACAUCUAGUCAACAGUAGCGUGGCCGGUUUAAAAGCAAUGGGCGAGAUUCCCCCUGUGCCCUGAACCCAGCCUGGAGUUAUGGAUUGCUCCGUCCAGGUGCAUUAUAUGGUAGAUUUGGCCUUUUUUGUUCAUAAUCAAUUUUGUAUGCAUCAGAAGAAAAAAAAUCCUGUAAUUAAGUUGCUUCAAUGCAGAGGAUCCGUUAUUGAUGCAAAAAAGCAGAAUCCUGGUGGAAGUUGGUGGGAGCCUCGUGUACAUCUCACUGCAGAGUGCCACUGUGCAUUUUAUUUUUAACUGCUAAAGCAUUUAUACAUCAAUACCUGUGUGUUCCAAGGUUUAUAAUUGCUGUAUGUCAUCAUAUACCUCACAUGGUGUUUUUGUCCAACGUGAUUUUAUUUGCAAGUUUCUGGUUUAGAUAAAUACCGCAGAGAAAAGAAAUAUUAGAAGCUGAGGAGACUGUACCUGGCAACUGGGGGGUUUUUUGCAAAACUGUGUUGUGUUUGAAUACAACUUUAAUAAAAUUAUCUCAAAGAAUAAACUUGUUAAUAUUAAA